GUUUUCGGUCGCUUGCCAUGGCUUGGGUAUUGCGUGCCAUGGCUACCCUUAGCUUCGCAGUGGGGAGUCCUGCGCCACUGGUGAUUGACACGGACAUGAACGUCGAUGACAUGGCCGCCAUUGCAUUUCUUCUGGCGCACCAUAGCAACAUCCUAGCCAUCACGGUCAGCGCGGUGGGCUUUUCGGCUCAGUGGUCUGGUGUGGACAAUGCUUUGAGGCUUCUGAAUUACUUCAAUCGGAGUGCCUUUCAGGAUGGCUAUUUGGGACAAACACAACUGAAUCUGCAGUAUCCUUCGGGUCUUCCUCCCCAGGAAUGGCUCAAGGGUACCAACGAAUACUUCACCAAGUGGGUUCCCAUCGCAAGCUCUUUGCGGCCACCUGCAUGGCAAAGUGCCUCACAGCUGAUUGUGGAGGUGUUGAACGCUUCUGAGGAAAACGUGCACUUCUUGGAGUUAGGACCCUACACCAACCUGGCCGCGGCGCUGCACCGCGAUGCCUUGACAGUCACGCGGAAGAUUCGCCGCGUCUACGCUGAGGGAGGGCGCCUGAAAGUGCCAGG